AGCUAUGUCCAAUUGUGAAAUUAAUAUUUAACUUAGAUGAUCUGUAUGAACCUGAUCAGUUUGAACUUAGAUGAUCUAUAUGCCAGUUGGGAGGUUCAAUGAAUCAACUUGCUGUACUGAAGCAGGUUCAGCACUCCAACCUUAGAUUUUAUCUGCAAAAGUUGCCAGUAGUCAGGAGAAAGGCAAAUGUGGAGUUAGCUCUACUUCUUCUCUGGGAAAACGUAAGAAAACAAUUGUCGAGCAUGUUGAAUCUGACCCACUGCCUGCAGGAAAGACAACCGUUAAGUUUGAUCAUCGAAGAGACCUUCUGGGAAGUUUGUGGGUAACUCGCUUUACCCCAAAAAUAUCAGGUCUAUCAUUAAUGUCAGAUCGUUACAGUGUUGGUGCAGUUCAUGACUGCUCCAAUGACAAGAACAAUGUCGGGGUGGAGGAACAGUCAGUUGAAGAUAUAGUUUCUGUCUCCGGUAAUGAGCCACAGGAGUGUGCAGUGGACAGAUGUCCUGAAAUGGAUGGAUUCUCAUACCUCACUCUCAAAUCUGGAAGGGUUUUUCUUGCGUCUGCGACUUGGUAAAUCUGAAACAGGACUAGGCGGAACUAGAUACUAUGUGUCAUGUAUAACUGGUUCUCAGAGGGAAAGUCAUCCACAGAAUGCCAAAAAAUCUAUAUCUGUCAUUGUUGGGGAGAUUAGAUGUGUGGUUGAGGCCCAGUAUGUAUCCAACCAUGAUUUCCUUGAGGCUCUCAAAUUUACUACCAAUGACCUGUACAGUUUGUUGUUUGCAAGUAAGAGAGCUGAAAUAAGCGAAAGGCUACCCUGCAUUGAGAAUGAGAGCUUGACCCAUCACUUAAAGAUCUUGCAGGAGAGUUGGAAGGAGCCAUCAAGUUGGUUGAAGGAAAGCAUUUUGUUAAGUUCUGAUGAUACAUAUAUUCACAUGCAGCAACUGCAUAUGUGCAUGUUUUAUAUUGUAUCAGCUUUUGCUCUUUUUAAUUGUUAGCUAGAAU